GGACAACAAGCCCACGACAUGCUCAUCACAAGACAGGGGACUUAUGCAACCAUACCCUCUGAAUACACCUCGACUGGACACUGGAAGAGCACUGACUGGGAGGACCCCCACCGCCUACUGCUCCGGGCACUAACCCGACGGCUGAUGGGGAUCG